UAGUUCAAAACGAGUCAAGUUGACCAUUGUAAAGAGACAGGUGAAACUGACUUGGUUUUCAGAACACAGUGGCAGCUGUUUGAUGAAAUUAAGUUGAUAAUCCGCCUCAAUAAGUUAGAGUGGCCAAUAUGGCAAGUAAAACAAUAUUUGGAAAGCUCUGAUCUCACAUUCUCUACUGCUUGAUACUGCUACCCAAAGGCCAAAUUUAGUCGGUGUGCUGAUAAACAAUCUUCAACUUCAAGCAUCAUGUUGGAAGAUCUGGUAAACGGAAUUGAAAACAGCCGGCUCGUGCUUGUUACGGACACAGCUGAUUGUCCUGGUAGAACACUCUUUCUCAACUGGGUGAAGAGUUUGGCUGAAAGACUUGAUCGUCUCAUUCUCAUCUGCUUUGAACGCCAACCUGAAUUCUUCAAAAGCUGGCUUCCGCUAGGUCUCCAAAACAGGAUAACAUUUGUAGAUGGUCAGAGUAUUACCUGUGAUUUUGAGCUAAAGAACCAGGAUCUGUUCAAGGUGACGACUGCUGCUGUGCCUGAGUUCAAAGGUCAGACGGGGGUGCUGAUUGACUCACUGUCUCUUCACAUAUUGUUCCAGCAGACUCCAGCAGUUUGCUCAGCCCUUCACAGACUGGCUUCAGAUAAGAGAUUUUCACAAGUUGUGGCUGUACUGCAUCGAGAUGUACACGAUCCCCACACUUGUAGCUUGAUGGAGCAUGUAGCGUCCAGUGUAAUCUCAUUGCGGAAUGUCCACUCUGGAAAACACAUCUGUCACGUCAGGCACUGUCGCCCAACAGGGAAGGUUUUCAGAACUGUGGAGUCCUUUACAGUAGAUGACAGCUUUCACAUACGCAACUUGAAACCACAUCAGUCUGCUUCUGAAAAUGUAACACUUUCUCAAGUUACUCCUGAGGCGGAUCCCAUUAGUCAGCUGUCUUUCAACCUGUCUCUAACGGAAACAGAAAAGGUUGCCCGAAGUCAAGUGAAACUGCCACAUUUGAAGACUGGAUUUGACGAAAGUAGUGAGGUUGACAGCACACUUCAGAGCAAGAUACAUUACGAGGCAGAUGAUGCUGAUGACUUUGAUGAAGAAGAUCCUGAUGAUGACCUCAAUAUUUAAUCAUGUGUGAAUGAAAUAUAAAAAAAUAAAAAGAUCAUAACUA